AUGGUAGAUUCAAAAGACCCCCCUCACAACCCCACAUUAUGUCAAAGAUUAUCUUAUCAACGUGGGUGGGGGAGACCAGACAUUUUGCAUUGUAGAAGUUCUGUAAGUAUAAAUCCUACAGGUUUAGAGCGUCCAGGAAUUCUUAUCACCGCAGUAUUUUUAACCAUUAUUCCAAUCCUUACUUUUUCGACUUUAUUAACUUCCGGAAUCUGUGCUUUAUUCCUUAUCUACAAUAUUAACUUAACUUUACCGGGGGCCUUGGUUGGUACUAUUACCGUUGUGGUCGGUCUUCUUCUGGCUUUUCGUACAAACCAUGCUUAUGAUAGAUAUUAUGAAGGUCGAAAAUUAUUUAGCAGUUUAUGUACUCUAUCAAGAAAUAGCACGCGAACUAUUUGGAUCGGUGUUGCAGAAAAUUCAAAGAAAGAUCGUGAAGAAAAAAUAACAUACAUCAAACUCGUGUUGGCAUUUGUUGUUGCCACUAAACAUCAUCUUCGUUUGGAAUUUGGUACUAAUUAUAAAGAUUACGAAGGUUUAUUACCUUCAUUAUCGAAAGGUUUUCAACGUACAAAGUUUGACGGUAAUGCUGGUCAAGAGAAUACAGAGUUAGGCAGUGGAAGUCAUGAAGAUCCAAAUCAUCCUGAUAACCUUGCAAAUAAAGAUCCCACUCCAGACAUUACCAUACACACUCAAGAAGCGAACGAGUCUACUCAACUUCUUCCAAAGUCCCGAAAUCAAGAUCCAGUGGGAUAUUUAAAAGAUACUUUUCGUUUUAGAGAUACUUUUCGUUCGCUUAGAAGUGGUAGAAGCCAAACAUUUGAUGUUGAUGUUUUGUCAUGGGGAGCCCAAGAUCCGAAAAUGUGUCUUCCAAUG